UUUACAGUUGGGUUUCUAACGGCGUUGACGUUCAUUUCGAGUGUUGACAUAUAUUCAGUUAAUGGUUUGUACAAUCGGGAAACCCUGUAGAUACCUGGCUUUCAACUGUUGACAUGGAAACAAAUCAACUACUGGCAAUACUCCUGUGUUUACAAAGUAUCUACAAUGUUGAAAGUGCAGACUAUUAUUGCCUGGUGUUAUCGCGGUCCGGGGCAUGUGGGGAAUGUUAUAUUGGAUGGUAUGGAGCUUACUGUGACAAGAUGUGUCAACACUGUGACACGCGUGGAUGUAGCAAAACAACAGGAGUUUGUCUUCAGUGUCAAGCUGGAUAUUACUCUACAAACUGUUCACUGACAUGUCCACCUCAGUGUAGGGAGAGUUAUGAUGACAGUGUCUUCUGUGACCGUACAACAGGGAAUUGUCUUGAAGGCUGUAAACCCACAUGGCGGGGACAUAAAUGUGAACACAAGUGUGGAAAACAGUGUACUGAUUCACAGUGUUUCUUUUACGAUGGUUCAUGUGCAGGAUUCAGGAACGGGUUUUCUGGGAUCCAUUGUGACAAAACCUGUUCAGUGGGAUGUCUCCAUGGCAACUGCAGUCAGCAGACGGGGAUAUGUCUUCAUGGGUGUAAACCUGGCUUCUAUGGGAGCUCCUGUGAUAGAAACUGUACUGAUAAAUGCCUUGACAGAGAUUGCAGUAGAGAGAUUGACGGAGACACUCCUCGCUGUACCAACGGCUGUGUACAUGGCUGGAAGCCUCCUCUCUGCGAUAUCCCUUGCCUACCCAACUGUUUAUCGUGCACUGAAGCUGGGGUGUGCUCCUCGUGCAAGGCGGGGUUCACAGGAACAAGCUGUGAGAAGAAGAUAUGCAACUGUCUAAGUUCCGGUUGUAGCGAUGACAGAUUUUGCGAUGGAUGUCUUGAUGGGUGGUGGUGACAGACCUGUGAGUUGGCCUGCUCUCAAAACUGUCUCAAAUGUCAACAGAAGAGUGGCAACUGCACAACAUGUCGCCAAGGGUUCACAUAUGAUGGAAGAAGUCGAUGCACCUCCAUGAUCAAUGGUAACGGAACCU